AUGCUUGGUGGGGCCCCUUACCCACAGAUCGCCAAAAAGCAACCAGAGACGGCUGGCAUGAUCACCAACAUGGUUCUAGAUAUUGACAAUGCCGAGCAACUGUACUUGUUGGCAAACACAACAUCCCCGUUGAUGCCAAUGUUUCAGUGA